AGUCCCUCCGUCAACCGGCCACGUGCACAAUCCACGAGCAACGUGACCCCGCAAGCUUAUCUUCUUCCAUCGUGGGUAAGACGUGACGCACCGCCCGUUUUCCUCUGUCCCGAACCCUUUUAUCAUAUAUUCAAAGGGCCGUUGCGAAGUGCGGGACCCUCUCUUUCCGCGGCGAUCGGGUUCCGAUCAUCGGCGAAUUUUUCCCGAUCUAUUGCUGCUACUCAUGUGGGUCGUAUCUUCCACAGGAUGGGCGAUCCAUCCAGUAGCUUCCCCGUUUUAUCUCACGCUGACACGUUUCUUUUCAUCCACGUGGUGUUUACUCGUCCGUCGUCAUCCUCCCGUGCUGUCCCAUCACGCGCAUUCCCCAACUGCUCACAUGUCUCAGAGGAUUAUCAUAUAAAAAGAAUACCGCGUCCUGCCCCCAAUCUCGCUUGUCCUACCUAUGUUAGCCGUUGCGGCCCAUUUUCUACCUUCUUAUUGAUUGGAAACAUGUGGUGAGGGCCACAAUGCUCCCUCCAAUUAUAGAUGGGUGGCUCGAGGGGAAACGCUGGAGUGGCAGUCAAAGAAAUACUCGCUUUAAUUCCUUUCUUUUAAUUCUCUUUCCCUUCGCCCGUUCUUUCGUUCUUCCUUCGUUCUCCUCUGCGUCACUCGAAUUCCUUUCCAUCAAGAUGGAGAAGAGGGGAUGGAGGGCUUCUGACCAGGAGUGCCGGCCGUACUUUGCCCUGGCGGAUCUCUGGGUCUCGUUCACCGAGUGGAGCGCGUAUGGUGCUGGCGUUCCGCUGGUUCUGAGCGGUGCGGGCAGCGUGAUCCAGUACUACGUGCCUUACUUGUCUGGAAUCCAGUUAUAUGGUGAAUCGAACAGGCCCUUUUCUGAUUCUAGGGGACACGGUGAGGAAAGUGAUGGUGACUGUUCCCAGGAUUCUAGUAGUGAAGGAUGUAGUGACUAUGAACACGAAAAGGGCCUUGGGUGUUCAACAGAAUGGAACUCAAAUCAUGUCGCUGGAACCUUGAAUCUGAGGAUGGAUAAAUUAUGUUUGAGAGAGAAACAUGGGCAUCAGCAAAAGGGAUCUUCAAGUGGUGAUGGAGAUUUUGGACAUUUUCGAGGUCACUUGCUCUUUGAGUUUCUUGAACAGGAUCCACCAUUCAUUCGUGAACCUUUAUCUGAUAAGAUUUCAGAUCUUGCACGGUGUUUCCCUGCAUUAAAGUCCCUUCGAAGUUGUGAUCUUUUGCCAUCCAGUUGGAUAUCUGUUGCAUGGUAUCCUAUAUAUCGAAUUCCUAAUGGCCCUACAUUGAAGGAUCUGGACGCUUGCUUUUUGACCUUUCAUUCUCUUUCCACACUGAUGAAAGAUGAUGGUGGUGCCUCUGGCCCUUCCAUUUCAAUUUUACAAGGGGUUAAUGGUGUUCCUAUGGUCUCUCUUCCUGUUUUCGGACUUGCAUCUUACAAGUGUCGGGGUUCCAUAUGGACUCCUAAUGGUGGCACCGAGAUGCAACUUGUGAAUUCCCUGAUGCAAGCUGCCGACGAUUGGGUACGACUCCAAAAUAUUAAUCACCCAGAUUACCGGUUCUUCACUUCGCAUGGCACAUUCAGGAGAUAGAACUAUCACCCUGGUUUCAUUUGUGCUCAAAUUGGAUCAUGGGCAAUAAGGCGGGAUGCACAUUAGCAGUGGCUUUCGAUCUACUGUGUUGUGGAGCAAGUAAUGACAAAAAAUAAAAAAGCAAGUGUGAAAGCACAAAAGUGGGGUAAUAGGAGGCAAAAUCCUGUAAGAAGAAAAAGAAAGAUCAGAGAAGGUAUAAUUUGUGAAGAGGAACCAAAAGAUGAUCAGACCGAGAAAAAAGGUUGCCCAUGAAGGAGAUAAUUUCUCAUCCAUAUAACCUGGUGGAUGAUGAUGGUGUAUGUUAUGGUGUGUUUUGUUGGAAUGGUUACCUGAAAGGACAUUUUAUUGUUCAGACGUCCAGAUUGGUCCGUAACAUAAGCUUACUUUCUGGGCAUGUCUGACAAUGAUACCUUCGCGAUGCCCACCAAAAUCAAACUGUUGUGUUUUAGUAUAAUGAGCACUUCUAAUAGGUUGAUGACAGGAUUUGUGUA